UCAACCGCUUAUUUUCGGUCUCAUUGACCAUUGUUUAUGUUUUGCUAGUCGUUUUCCUUUUAGUUUUAUUGUAGGAGAUAAGAGAAUAAUAGUAUUUUAAAAUGCGCGGUACUGUGACCACUCGUCAACUGAAACUACUCCUUGAUUUCAUGGAACAACACCGAGAGUUGGCGCUUGGGCGAGUGCGAGGCAAAGAGGGGAACGCUGCAACCCAGCGCCUCUGGAGGAAAUUGUCCAUAAUUUUGAACGCUGCUGAGCCUAACGGGUCCGACAGAACACCUCUGGCCUGGCGAACAUACUUCAAGCAAUAUAAGAGUAGAGUAAGAAACAAAUACCACAGUUCCAAGCAAGGGGUAAACUCUGAUAAAAUAAAUAUUACCCCUUUAGAACAGAAGCUCAUUGCAAUAGUAGGUGAAUCUACUUUGACACAGCCUGCAAGAGACAGUUCUAUAUUUACUUAUGAUGAUGCAGAUAAUGGUGUUGUCACUGAUGGUGAAGAAAAUGGAAUAUUUGAACAGAAGAUAAAGAAAGAUUUAGAUAGCGACAAAGAGGAAGAGGUGCCACAGGAACAAUCAGAAGAAAGUGAUGCAAAUGAACAAACGGAGAAUACGGAAAGGCCAGCUAAACGACGCCGUCGUAACGACCACUCGCCUUCACCUCAAGCAAACACCCGCGUGCAAGACGUUGGGCAACGGUUGGCCUGCAUCGAGAUGGCCCGGCUCGAAGUGGAGAAGGAACAGUUGAUAGCGAUAAACAGACAAGCGGACGCGACGAACCGACAGGCGGCGGCGCUGGAGCGGCUCGCGGCUCUGAUCUCGAGAGCCGUGGAUGUGUAUGCGGCUAGCGCACUACGAUCUAAUCCAAAUACGUCAAGCGACAGAGACUACAGAGACUAA